UGUGAAGGCGGAUUAAUGUAUUACCAAAACGAUAAUUUUGCUUUUAUUAUUUUAGAAAGUAUUUUGAAAAGCAAUUGCUCUCAUGUAUUUUUUUGUAUAAGUUACUUUUAUGUAUAUGACAUUAAGAUUAAUUUAAAUAGGUAUAACCUGACUUAUUUUAUAACUUUGAGUAUUUAGAUAUUUUUCUUAAGAUAUUUUUCGUUUAAAUAGUUUUCCCCUUUCGAAUGAAGGAUUUUCCUUCUAUAAAACUUUAAAUUGUUUUAAAGUAAACUUUCCUUAAAAUGAAACAUUUUAUAUUAAAAGAGUUUUUACUUCCGUUGCUAUCUUUUUUUAUAGAUAAUUCUUACUGUUUUUUUUUUUUCUUGAGGAGUAUAUUUCCCUACUUGGUAAACCAGGAGGUUUAUCAAAAAGGGGAGGUUACAACAAGUCUUGGAUGAAAUUUUAUGGAGAACUUGUUAAUCCUCCACCAAUUAGAAAGAGACCAGGGAAACCUAAGAAAAAUAAGAGGAAGUCAAAAGAUGAGCCUAAGAAAAUAUCCAAGGUAGUUAAAAUCUCAAGGAAAGGAAGGAUAAUGGCAUGUUCCCACUGCAAACAAGAGGGACACAAAAUGGCAGGAUGUCCAGUUAUUUCAAAUAAUGAGGUAUGGUUUUAAUAGAUGUCCUUUUAACUAAUGAGGUAUGGUUUCAUGUGAACAACAAUCGAUUCCAUUUUAUUUGGAAACAGACCAAUAGAUCUGGUGCAUCAUCAUCUCAUGGUAAAAAGAGAAGGCCUUCUACUAUGUAUCAUAGGAAGGCUAAAACUAUAAGUACUUUUAAAUAUAUGAAGUCAAAUUUAUUUAUACGUAUCAUUUAAUUAGAUAAGUAAAUCAAGUUAAAGCUUCAAGAAAUAUAGCAGAGGUUCCAAAAUCAAUCAAUCUUUCACAAACAUCAAUUACCAAUUCAAAUGUAAGUUGCAUUUUGAAUGACAGACUCUUUAAAUUGUAGUUAUAUUGAAUCUAAUAGGUAAUAUUAAAUUGUGUAUUUGCAGGUUGUUUCCUAUGGUCCUACAUCUUCUUCAACAUAGCAACCUUCUAUUGUAAAAGACAAGGGAAAAGUAAAGGUGACUACCAAUAGAAAACAAAAAGUCAAGAAAGGAAAGCAAUUAGGCAUAGGCAUGAAAGUGAAUGAGUACAUGGGUGCAAUGACAUGGAAUGUAAGUAAGAUAUUAGUUUAUUUACUUAAAAAAUUAUAUUUAAGUACUAGACUUUAUUGGUUGAAGUAGACUUUAUUGGUUGAAUUAGACCUCAUUGGUUUAAUCAAAAUCUAUUGUUUAUAACUUGGGUGGCCUUCUGAGUAUACCAUUAAAGAAGGCACUAUUGCAACAGCCAUGCCAACUUUCUAUCAGCAAAUAAGCAAUGCUUAGCAAGCCAACAAUUUUGCUGCAUCUUUGGACCAAAAAAACUUAUUUGUUAUUCCUUUUGAACAAAGAAGUAGUGCUCAACAAACUAAUUUUGAUGCU